UGCUUGUUCUUUUUAUUUGUUGUGAAAACGAAAACACAUGUGCUUCCAUAAUUCUAACACGAAAUUCCCAAUAAAAUUCAAGAAAAUACUGUAAAAAUUUGUUAAAUUGUUUUGAGAGUCAAAGGAAAUUAUGGCGGAUCAUGUUUUUCAUCGGCCUGGGCCGUUAAAACAAGCCAAUAAGGCACAUAAGACGGGCAGACAUCGGUCGAAGGGUGCCAUCGACAAUGCUCUCAAAGGCAAGGUAUCCAAUACGGCCAUUUCUCACAAGCACAAGCAAAUUCAACGCAAGGAACAAAGGCGUAAUCAGAUUAGUCAACUCCGCAAAAACAAGCGUGAGGAAGCCUUGGCUCUGAAACGUCAAUUGGGUGGCCAAAAUACUGCACCAUUUUUGGUAUGCAUACUUCCGAUGCAUCAACAAAUCGAUGCCCGCUCCGCCUUGGCAAUUUUGGAAAGCUGUGAUGAAGAGGCUAUUGUAGAACGUACCCCCUCGGGUGUUACCUACAUGAAUUUACCACGUUUCAAGCAACGUUUUGCCUUCAUUAUACCGCCAGUGGGUCGUGGCAAUGAAUUGACGGUCUUGGACUAUCUGAAAGUAUGUGAUACUACUUUGAUGUUAACAUCAGCUGCCAUGGGCGAAGAUGAUGUUUUCGAUAAAUGGGGACAUCGUAUCUUCAAUAUGAUCUCGGCACAAAGUAUACCCACACCUGUUGUGGCACUUAUGGACUUGGAAUCUAUAAAUCCAAAACGUCGCAGCUCGGCCAAGGCGGCUGUGCAGAAAUUCAUUUCGAAAUUGUUGCCCAAAGAGAAGAUUAUGCAAUUGGAUACGAAUAUGGAAGGUCUCAAUGUAAUGCGUCGCAUUGGUGGUCAAAAGAAAAACCUCAUCUACAACCGCAACAAUCGUCCACAUCUCUUUGGUGAUCAUGUUGAAUUUAUACCCAAUCCUAAUCCAGCCGAAGAUGAGGGUACUCUCAAAGUAACAGGUUUCUUGCGCGGUACCCCACUCGAUGUUAAUGGAUUGGUGCACAUCACCGGUUUGGGUGAUUUUCAAAUGUCUGAAAUUCAUGCACCACAAGACCCUUACCGUUUGGAUAAAUAUCGUAGCAACCAGGAUACCUCCGAUAUACGUUUAGUGGCCAAAGCCGAUCCAAAUAAACAAACUUCCUUACAAUCGGAAAAUAUUCCCGAUCCAAUGGAUGCUGAACAGACAUGGCCAACAGAAGAAGAAAUUGCCGAGUCGCAAAAGGAGACGAAAAAAAUGAAGCUAAUCAAGCGGGUGCCUAAAGGUUAUAGUGCCUAUCAAGCUGCCUGGAUUCCAGAUGUUGAAGAAGUAGAAGAUGAGGAUGAUGAGGAGGACGAUGAUGAUGAUAUGGAUGGUGAUGACGAUGAUAACGAUGAAGAUGAAUUCAUGUCCUGCGAAAAUAAAUCUUUUGAUGGCGAAUGUGAAGAACCCGAAUCUGAUACCGAAGAAUAUGUGGAUACUGCUUCAGUCUCGGAUGCUGCCAUUAAUGAUGAAAAAUAUGACCAACAAAUGGAUUUCCAUGAAGAACGGGAAACAAUGAAAAAGAUCAAGGAGGCGCGCAUUGAUGAGAUGUGGCCCGAUGAAAUUGAUACACCCUUGGAUAUUCCGGCACGUACAAGAUUCCAGAAAUUCCGUGGAUUGGAAUCUUUUAGAACCUCACCCUGGGAUCCCAAAGAAAAUCUGCCCUAUGACUAUGCUCGCAUCUAUCAAUUCCAAAACUUUGAGCGUACCAAGAGACGUAUCAUAAACGAAGCCAAGGAAAUUGAUGGUGCUGUGCCUGGUUGGUAUAUUACCAUUUAUGUUGCCAAUGUUCCUGCUACCAAAUGGAAAGCCUACAAAUCGGCCCAAUUAGUGGACAAUGUUAUUGUUUAUGGUCUUCUGCCACAUGAACAUCAAAUGUCGGUGGUGAAUGCGGUACUCAAGAGAAUACCCGAUUCGGAGGUACCCAUUAAAUCUAAAGAAAGACUUAUAAUACAAUGUGGUUAUCGCAGAUUUGUGGUUAAUCCCAUAUUCAGUCAGCACACCAAUGGUGAUAAACAUAAGUUUGAACGUUAUUUCCGACCCCACACAACGGUUUGUGCUACCUUCUAUGCGCCCAUACAAUUCCCCCCGGCACCCAUAUUGGCUUUCAAAACAAAUCCAGACUCCACACUGGCCUUAGUGGCGCGCGGUUGUUUGCUCUCCUGUAAUCCGGAUCGUAUUAUACUCAAACGUGUGGUACUCAGCGGUCAUCCAAUGCGUAUUAAUCGUAAAUCGGCCACAAUUCGUUACAUGUUCUUCAACAAGGAAGAUGUGGAAUAUUUCAAACCCGUCAAACUACGCACCAAAUGUGGUCGUUUGGGUCAUAUCAAGGAAUCUUUGGGUACUCAUGGUCACAUGAAGUGCUAUUUCGAUGGACAAUUGCGUUCAUACGAUACCGUGUUUAUGUAUCUGUUUAAACGUGUCUAUCCCAAGUGGACUUAUGACGAAUGCCUGAUAACCUGUGAAGAUGCCGAUACUGAGGAUAAGAAAAAUGAUCAGCCAGAAGCUAUGCAAGAAUAGAGUGAAUUAUGGAAUUGUGUUUCUGUUAACAUACAUUGUUUACGAAAAUGUAUAGAGGAUGGAUUUAAAUUAAAUGAAA